AAAAAUUUAGGAAGGGACCCGAACCCCCAUCACCUCACCGAACCUAACCUCUUCUCCUUUCGCAACCAGGUGGGAGAGAGAGACACCCACGCCCCGGAGAUUCUUUGCAAGGUCUCACAGAUCAGGAACCAAGAUACUGGGAAUUCCAGUGACCCAAUCAUGUCUUUUAUUAAAGAAAGAGACAGUUCCAUCCUCUUGUCCAUUUCCAGCUUCUGCGACAUCCAUGGACCCAGUCCGAUUAUGGUUACGCAGGCACUUCCUGCUGGUUGCACAUCCUGUUUCGAAGACGAGAGCCUAAGCACACGACGACCCAGCACAGGUUCGAGAUCUCUAAAUCCAGCAGAUGGCCUGGCGGGCAUCACUCGAGCCGCAAGCAGAACGAACUCGGCUUCAUCAGAAAACGCGAACGCGACGCGACCGACUUUCCAAAACCGAACUUCCUCUCAAGCAUCUUCCUCGGCCAUUGAGACACCGCCAGAAAGUCCAAGAGUAUCAGCACUGCAGAGUGCGCAGUUCGCAAGCUUAAGUCGACGCGAUUCGAGCUUUCGCAGGACAUAUGACGAGAAUGACAAGAAGAGAGCUAUCCCUUGCGACAACUGCGCCCUUACUCUCCCUCCAAAGAACUCCACCAAGGAAGACUCCUCACCAACACAUAAUGAUAUUAAUGGACCUAUCCUCCGAACGCGCAGAGUCUAUGAGCGAAUCUCGAUUCAAGUCGAGCACCCCUCACCUCCAAAGUCCGAGUGCUCCAGCUCCUCUGAAUCCGAUAAUGCGAUCUCAAGAAAACCUGCACACAGGCGCACACGUUCUCGUACCCUAGUUCGAGUCGGCACUUCUUCCUCCAACUCCUCUUUCAAGUCUACCGACUCUCACGAACACUUUGUGGACUAUACCUCUAGUCACGAGCCCUUACAUCCAACCUCCUUUUCCAUCCUUCGCCAAUCCUGUCUCCGUACCCUUUCCUGCGAAACCCUCCCUCCUUCAACCAUCCAACCGAACUCUUCCCCAACUUCACCUUUCCUGAACAGCCCAUUCUCAAACUCGAUGUCUAUCCCUUCUGGUGGACCAAUCUUCUUCGGCGAUCCUCUAGCGGGCUACACAACCGCAUAUGUCUUUCGAAUCCCCGAUCCGAACGCUAGAGGAAGACGACGCGUCUACGCCCUCAUGGCACUAAGUACCCACCGUGAACGCGCCGCCAUGCAAACCUUCUCUCUCCUCUCAGCCGCGUUCCGCGAUCUCGCUGCCUGGAUCCAAGGACUCGCCGAAGCAGAACUCGAGAGAAGCGAGAACGCAAACAGUCCCAGACUAGGCGGCAACGACGAGCGCGGUUUCGGCGGAGGCAUGGGAGCCGGUGGUGGAGGAAGUACCCACAGCACGCCCACGAGCUCCUUUUUGAGCGGUAGGAACAGAGGUCUAGACGGUAUGCCGCGCAUGGUUACCAAAGCCAGAGGACUAGCCGAGAUUGUCGGUCUUCCGGACUUCUUCAUCGAGCUGCACGCUCGCUUCGUUAGGCUGCUCAUCCAGCUGGGUCUUCAGCUCGGCGUUUGAUGGAUGCUUCGAAAGGGAGGGGAGGGGAAUAAUGGUAAUGCAUAAUGUCUAGGCGUUAGAGAAUCACUCAGCGUUGGCGUUGGUCGGAAAACUGUUUGUUUAUUUGUUCAUUGUACUGUUUGAUAGCGUUUAGCGUUGCACCUCUUUUUGGAGAUUGUUUAGCGAUGCCUUAUGAGCGAGCUGAGCUGAUGGAUGGGAGCAGAGGGGAGAGAAAGAGAAGUGUUUUAGUACGAUACCGUGUCUGCGAGCGAGCGAGCUUAAUACCUAGGAAGAUAAAAUAAAGGGCUGUCAAAAGCAAAGUAGAGAGUGUGUGUAUG